CGGACAUGCCGGGCCUGCUGACUUUGGCAGAUAUGCCCAACCAGGGACGAAAGUUAAGAGUGCCCAGCUUGAAUUUGUAGUGGGCGGAAACGAUCCAGAACAGCGAGGCCGGCUCCACUCUCGAUUUAUAAUCUCUGAGCGACACUGCUCCCAGAACACACAAACUCUUCUCCCAGUUCUCGCUCAAGCAGCUUCACACAACAGACAUGAUUCGCUUCGACAACCUCCCGCCCGAGGUCAUGCAGGCCAUGUGCACCCCCAUGCAUCUCAUCCUCCCACCCGGCGCAUCCAACCGGUCGGGCGCGCUCUACCUCGGCUCCUUCUCCGCCAUCCUCGACCCUGCCCUCCUCAACUCCCAUGCCGUCGGCGCACUCGUCCAGGUCCUCGACGCCCCCUGGCUCCCGAGCGUAGACGCACAUGCUUCCCAGGGCGUCAAGCUCGAGUGCUACCGCCUCGACAUCCUCGACAGCACCACCGCAGACCUCAAACCGCACCUGGAGGCGACUGUACGCUGGAUAGACGACCGUCUGCGGAGGGGCGUGAAUGUGCUCGUGCAUUGUCAGCAGGGCGUGUCGCGCUCCGCUGCAGUCGUGAUUGCAUAUCUCAUCUACACACAAAGCAUGUCCUACGAUGCCGCCUUUGAUCUUGUUAAGCGGAAGCGUGCGUGUGUGAAGCCAAACUCCGGAUUCGUCAAAUGUCUGCAAGAAUGGGAAAGACAAUGGCGUCCCCCCAACGGAGACCGCCCAUCAAUGCGGCGAGUACAAACCACACCGCGUUAACCAUCCGAGCUCGCUGUCCCAGUGCCCUAUUACUCCCGCCUCCGUGCACUCCGCUCCGUGCCAAGCACUGCACAGCGCUCGCGCCCUUCCACCUGUGUAUCCCGGAUCGGAAUGCAUUCCAACAAAGCACACAUCACACAGCACGCACUAUUCGAGGAGCAUCUGCAGAAGUGGGUAGCGGGAGCAGUAUCUACUGUACAGUCGAGGGUAAUGGCCGUCUUCGGGUCGCUUCGCGUUUUUGUUCACUUCGGGCUCAUUUGUUGGUCAUCGCUUCGUAUUAUUAGGAUGGGGGCUCAGGUUGGAUACCUUCGUGCAUCGCAUGACAUACCACACAGUUCUUCCAUCACGUCGCCUGUGCUUCGCCUCGUUCGUCACAGUUCCUCCGUUUGCAUUCGCACCCCCAACGCUCGCGCUCCGCGUCUGCGUCAUCUACAUGCAUGUACCCUUAAAUUAUUCGCGAAACGCAUUUUUUUGCUC